AUGGCCGACAACCGAAACCUACGCAUUUCCCCCAUUCGCCAUGAUUGCGAGAACAUUACACCAGAUACGGACGCAACAGGUCACACUGGUCCUCAUAAUGCCCUUGUGGCAGAGCCAACCAUGGUUCCCGGACCUCCUGGCCACCUCUUGCAAGGACCCUCUACUCCUGCCAUCCUUUCCGGAACUGCUCACGGAUCCCAAAGGGAAUCUUCACCCGCUUCUCUUGGAAGACCGCCUACCCCAGGUGGCUUGCACUCUUUCCGGGGUUCCUGGCAAAUUAAUUUUGGAGGCCUCGUCAAAGAAGCAGACAUUCCCAAAGAUGACCCAACACCAGAGCCUUUGGAUGUUUUUAGUGUCAUUGAAUCUUCCAACAACGGAAGUGAAAGACCUAUUAUUGAAGGCGACAUAGCUGUGAAAAUUGGCCGCAGCGCUAUAAAAUGCGACAAUGAUACGUGCCGGUGGAAUAAGGACAGAAACGGAGCAGUCAACGUCCCAUUCGUAAUCUCUGCUGACUUCAGUGCCCAAGAGUUGGAUGUUAUUACUACCGCUAUGCAAGAUUUUGCCACACUGACCUGUGUGCGUUUUGUCCCCCGCUCCUCGGAAGCUGAUUACUUGAUGAUUAUUCCUGACUCGGGAUGUUGGUCCUAUGUUGGUAAAAUGGGCGGACCCCAGGAGGUAUCACUUUCAAAGGACAGCUGUAUAACCAAGGGGAUAGCCCAGCAUGAGCUGAACCAUGCCUUGGGAUUCUUCCACGAGCACAGCAGGAGCGACCGCGAUAACUACAUUCACAUAAAUAAAAACAAUAUCAUUGUCGGACUGGCUGACAACUUUGACAAGUAUAAUACCAAUAAUCUGGGCCUAGAAUACGAUUAUUCUUCUGUUAUGCACUAUGGAAGGUUUGCCUUCUCCAUAUCUCAGAAUUUAGCCACCAUUGUCCCGAAGCCAAACUCAAGUGUAGCCAUUGGUCAGCGAUACGGACUCAGUAACUUGGAUAUUUCCAAAAUAAACAAGCUGUACACGUGUGAUGCCUGCAGCACCUUAUUGCCUGACUCUACAGGAUCAUUUGUUUCUGCUAACUACCCCAACAACUACCACAAUAAUGCCAAAUGUUUCUGGCUUAUUCGAGUGCCUUCAGAUCAGGUGUUCUUGCAGUUUAGUGCCUUCGAUGUGCAGGGAUCCCCUAGCUGCUCCUCUGAUUACUUAAAGGUCUACGAUGGAGCCAAUACAUCGUCACCGGUACUACUGGACAGAGCAUGCGGCACAGGACAGGUCCCCUCUUUGCUAUCUUCGGGGAAUAUGAUGCUUCUUGAAUUUGCCAGCGAUUCCAGCAUAACAGCUACAGGUUUCAAGGGCUCAUAUAGCACUGUAAAAUGUGGAUCCACGCUUACCAGCUACUCUGGGGUCUUCUCCUCUCCAAAUUACCCAUCCAGUUACCCUGCUUUAGCACAAUGUACCUGGGUGAUCAUUGCCCCAGUGGGAUUUAAGGUGUCUUUGAAUAUGACAUAUUUUUAUUUGGAGAUUCAGCGUUCCUGCUUUAAUGACUAUUUGGUUUUCUAUGAUGGACCCACACCAACAUCUCCACAGAUUGGCAAAUACUGUAGUAUGGCCAAAGUCCCCACCAUAACAUCCACCAAAAAUUCUCUCGUCAUUCAGUUUGUCAGUGAUGAGUCUGUACAGACUAGAGGAUUCCUGGCCAAAUACGCAUUUGUGCCGCAGAAUUAA